AGCCGAAGAUGUCAGCUCGGUCAUGUGAACAGCUGUGUCCAAUCACAGCUGAUCGCAUGGGACAUGGGCACUGAUCAUCAGGGCACUGAUGAUCAGUGUGCCCUGAUGAUCAGUGUGGCCCCAGAAGUGCCACCUGUCAGUGCCCAACAAUGCCAGCUGUCAGUGCUCAUCAAUGCCACCUGCCAGUGCCUACCAGUGCACAUCAAUGCCACAUAUCAGUGCCCAUCUGAGCUGCCUUUCAGUGUCAACUAUCAGUGCCAGUGAGUGUCACCUAUCAAUGCCAGUCAAUGCCGCCUAUCAGUGCCAGUCAGUGCCGCCUAUCAGUGCCCAUCAGUGCCACCUAACAGUGCCAGUCAGUGCCACCUAACCGUGCCAGUCAGUGCCUAUAUGAGUGCUGCCUUUCAGUGCCCAUUAGUGAUGCCUGUCAAUGUUCAUCAGUG